AUCGCAAGCGUCCGGAGCCGGAUGCGGAAGCAAGCGCACGCCGACGUAUACCCGGACGGCAGGAACGCGGAUGGCUGCGAGAAGGGGGCCGGCGCACACGCACCCGCUGCGCCCCCACCUCAGGCAGCGAGGCCAGUGACUCGGAGAAUUUUUCACGGACAGCCUGUGGGGCACACUCCCCAAAUCAUGGCAAGAAGCAUUAGAUGGACUAAGCCCACCACAGCUGGCCACUCUGCUGCUGGGGAUGCCCAGAGAAGGAGAAGAGGUCAGCCUGGGCUGGACUAUCUCAGCUACAGGUCCGUGUGGCCACUCACCCUGCUGGCCCUGAAGUCCACAGCCUGUGCCCUUGCCUUUACCCGGACACCUGGCUUUCACACCCCAUCAGAAUUCCUGGAGAACCCCAGCCAGAGCUCCCAACUAACGGCUCCUUUUCGGAAACAUGUCAAGCCCAAGAAGCAGCAUGAGAUCCGGAGGCUGGGAGAGUUGGUGAAGAAACUGAGUGAUCUCACUGGCUGCACCCAGGUUGUGGAUGUGGGCUCAGGCCAGGUGAGCCGGAUUCCCAACAUACUGCAUACUGUCUAUUUGAGUUUUGAGGAUAGGACACCAGGAAGGCAGAUUAGCCCUCAGAAGCAGGUGCUAAGAAGUGUGUAUGGACAUCUCUCCCGCUUCAUGUCUCUUGGGCUGGGGUUGACGGUGAAGAGCCUUGAAGGGAAUCAGAGGCUGGUAGAGAGAGCUCAGCGCCUAGACCAGGAGCUCCUGCAGGCCCUGGACAAAAUGAAGAGGAGGCACCCAAAGGUGGCACAAAGAGGCCCUCACCACUGCCCCCACCAUGUGGUUCAAUGGGUUAGCCCCACAACUCUGUGUGAGGAGCUUCUGCUUCCUCUGGAGAUGCCAGGCCAGUGUAGUACCCGUCUGCUACUCACGGGCCUUCAUGCUUGUGGGGAUCUGAGUGUUGCAUUGCUGAGACACUUCUGCUGCUGUCCUGAAGUGGUAGCCCUGGCCUCUGUAGGCUGCUGCUACAUGAAACUCAGUGACCCUGGCAGCUAUCCACUCAGUGAGUGGGUGGCUGGGCUGCCUAGCCACGAACUACCCUACAGGCUCCGGGAAGGGGCCUGCCAUGCCCUGGAAGACUAUGUGGAGAGGCUACAGAAAGCGGGUCCUGGUCUGCAAACACACUGCUUCCGUGCAGCACUGGAGACAGUCAUCCGCCAUGUCUGUCCUGAGCUUCGGAGGCCUGGCGUGCAAGGAAUACCCAGGGUCCAUGAACUCAAAAUUGAAGAAUACGUGCAACGAGGGUUACAGCGAGUAGGUCUAGAUCCCCAGGUGUCCCUGGACCUGGCUGCCCUUCAGGCCCACCAAGCCCAAGAGAAUCGUGUGACUGCUUUCUUCAGCUUGGCCCUCCUUCUGGCCCCACUGGUAGAAACACUGAUUCUGCUGGACCGGCUGCUCUAUCUUCAGGAGCAAGGCUUCUAUGCUGAGCUCUUGCCCAUCUUCAACCCUCAACUCUCUCCCAGAAAUCUGGUACUGGUGGCUACCAAGACACCCCUGGGUCAGGCCUUCUCUGCUCUUGAAACUGAAGACAGCUGACAGUCUGAAACCAACAGGUGGCUAUGUGGCUAGGAAGAAAGGCUUCCACCCUCAAAGUGAAGACUGAGCAGACACCUUUAAUCCCAGCACUAAGGAGUCAGAAGCCAGGCAGAUCUCUUGUGAGUCAAGGCCAGCCUAGUCUACAAAGAGUCCAGGGCAGCCAAGGCUACACAGAGAGAAAGCCUGUCUCAAAAAACAAAACAAAAAAAUACUGAGCAGGUAGAAGUAUUACUCUCAGGCUCAAUACCAAUAAAUUUUCUUGUGUCUUCGAGUCUCCUGGAUCCCCAUUGCCUCCAUCACAUCUUCUUCUAAUGUCUUUAGCCGGGCUACAUAAGUUCUUUCUAGAGCGUCUUCCACUGAUGUGUCCUUGGGACCAUCUGUUAAGUCAGAAGAAAAGAGAUGGUAAGUUUGCCAUCUCCUUAGUUAGGGAUGGAGCCCAUGACCCUGCUCAUGCUAGGCAAGUCUUCUACCACCAAGUACAUUCCUAGCCCCACCAACUCUGCUUGUCUUCUUACACCUCACAUCCCUACCCUCUUCCUGCCCUAUCCCCAGCUUACCAGUCCAUGUUUCAGGAACAAUGCCAUCUGCUCUAGGAAACUCAGGUUUGGGGAUAAUUCUUCCAGACCUUGUAGAGACUCGAACCCGCUCUCCCGACUCAGUAAAUCUCCACUGGAUUUCAGUGGGUUUCCUGGUGGGGGGGGGGAGGGGAGUCUAGCUUAGAGCCACUCUCCAACCCAAAAGUGAAGGCAGUGGUUGAGGACCCCGGGUGUCUCUCUCUGUACCAAGGUUACUGACAGAACUGUGUCCAAGAAACAGACCCCGGAGUUCCAGAGUAUCCAACACACAAUUCUCAUGUGAUGAAUGGGUAUGACCAAGAUCAGUGUGUACUCAAGAGUUAGAAGCCCCUUGACCAGAAGCCCCUGUGCUUGCCUGUCCACGGGGUCGACUAGCUUGACCUGGUGAUGAAGCAAGGGGGCUUCACUAGCUAUCAUAGUCCCUCGGUGAUCUUUGGUCCUGCCAAUGUAGCGGUAAUGCUGUCCAAGAGAAGGCAGUAUCAGAAAGAAAGUAUGUGAAGGGGAUUUUGCCCAUUAUUGCUUGGCAUAUUCAGCCCAAAGCCCCUCAACCAGUUUCCUGUUUUCCCCUGCUGCCCUUAAGAAAAGGACAGAUGGGGAAGACUUCUCAAGUCCCCAGCCUCCUUCCACUCACUGUGUUCAAGCCCUCCAGGACAACCCAGUUCCGCUGCCGAAUGACUUGGACCACUUUGCCCUGCUUCCCAGCAUCCUUGCCAUCUAAGAUUUCCACCUGUAAGAAGAUGAGAGGACAAGGGCAGGAAACUGUUGCCCACAAACCUUCUUGUCUCUCUGUCUUGAGGUUCUUACCAUGUCUCCACAGAAUAGGUGCCAGUCUUCAUCAGAGAUGGGCUCUACCACUACUGGGCGCCGCCUGCUCCAUGGGGGGUUCUUCCUUUUGUCUGCUAAGGAGCCUGGACGGCUCAUCCCAUAGCGGUAGUGAGGUGAGAGGGUGGCUUUGGAUGCCAAGGCCAGCAGGGCAGAAAGACGCAUGGCUAAAUGUAAGAAAUCUCACCAGUGAAAGACUCAAAAACUUUCUUCACCAGCUGUGAGUCAAGAGAAACAGAAUGAAGAUUUGAACAAAGGAACUUUUUGUUUUUUGAGAUUGUCAAAACCUUAUUUUAACUCUGGCUGACUGAGAACUUGUAAUGAGAACUGGAAUUUUGGUUUCCUUAAAUGAAUGAAUGAAUGAAUGAAUGAAUGAAUAUGUUUUUGUUUUAAUCCCAGGUAUAUGGACGGACAUGGGUCUGCUUUGGACUGUCCGCAGCAGCUGACUAUGAUUUGCCUCCUGCUCUAGCAGCCACGUGGUUUGCUAGCUGUUGAUAGUUUCUGCGAUUGAGUGACAUUUGAAAUUCUGGGUACUUUUUAGAGGAUAUAUAAAUGCUAGGGCCCUGGGAGGCAUGGUUGGUGGUUGGUGGUCAUUGGCAGGAGGGGAGACGGUUGGUUGUGGUUUGUUAGCAGUCACGCUCAAAAAAAUAAAAGGAAUUAGAUGUCUAUCUCUCCCCUCUAUACUGUUUCUCUUCUAUCUAGUGAUAGGGAGUUAAACUGGGGUGGGGGUAAAGGGUGGGAAAAAGAACCCAUAAAGUAGCAAAGACAAGCUACAACUCACUAUGUACACCAGGCUGGCCUUGAACUCUCAAAUCCUGUCUGCUUCUGUCUCCUUUCCUAGUGCCAGGACUAAAGGUUGUACUACCACACUCUGCCCCGAGGAAUGCUAUUAAAGCAUUUACUGUC